AUGUCGUCCCUGAAGGAGAAUGAGGAUCAGCAAUCCUCACCUAACACAGUCUUUACAACGCUCGUUCAAUAUCUCGAACAGAGCUUUCGGCAGCAUGGUGUGGUGAAGAUUCCAAUUGAGAUUGUUCUGCCUUUCCGGAAGACGUCCCUCACAGACGCAAACUUCCCUCUCCGUGACCUACACAAGGUCCUCGAAAAUGGUCGCCCCAAGAACAUUCUUCGUCUUGCCCCGGUCUCCCUUUGCACUAUUGCUUCGAUUGUCCUCCAGGUCCCUUACUCCCUUGUGCAAUUAAAGCUCAUCCACCUUCUCAUGGAUCUUCUACGGCAACACAGGAAUGAGGCUGCGUUCUCUGCGGUCCUGACACGAGCGCGUGCAACGUCCGUCACACCGGACGAUGUCAAAACCCAGAAAGAUCUCAUUUGCAAGAACAUGGCAACCUGUGUUCUUCGCCUCCUCACAAGUACCGACAAGAAUCAGCUGCUGCGUUAUACGAUGGCCCAACUCCUUGCUGUCGUACUGUACACAAGUCCGACUGCUAGGGAGAGCAAUGCUUCAGCCCCUGAAUGGCGUGCAUUGGCAUCUUUGAUCGAAACAGAUGAGAACUGCUUGCUGCGCGUACUGACCGCGAAUGUUGUACGGCAAAUGUCAUGUACAAAAAUGGAAAGCGCACUUUUCAAGAAAUCUUUGGGAUCAUUAAGGGAUAUUGACGCAUUCCCCGUAUCCGAACAAGCAGAUUCCGACUGGCUGAACCGCAUAAUGGAAUACGUGAACAUCUCCAAGGAAAGAUAUUCGCUGUCUAGAGAAAGAGAGCGUCUUUACAGAGUAAAGCGCUUUGAGUGCCAACAAGAUGGACCUCAAGCAGCGGCUGACCGCCCUGUCCUUAUUGCCGGUGUCUCGAGCGAUAUCACCCUCAUCAUGCCCGAAAACCCUGAUGCACCAACGAUGUUCUCAAUACCGAUCAUGGACUGUCUUUCGGUGAACAGAAUAUUCUCAGAAUCGGAGCCUUACGCCAUCGAACUCAAGUUCCCAGACAAUGUUGGCUACAGAAUCAAGAAUGGAACCAAGAAUGCUAUGGACAACAUCACAAUUGUUCUUCAAGAUGACGAAGCUGCAGACUUUCUACUACGAGAGAUUCAGGACCGACAAGUCUUUGCUGACACAUCUAUUCAUGAGGCUGAAUCCACGAGUAGGAAGAAUGAGAACCGAGUAUCGAUCUCGGCCACAUUCGUGGACUUGCAUGUGGACACUUCUGAGGCUUCGGCAGACGAGCAUGACAAACUUGAAACCUUUUGUACUGAGGCACAGUCAUCGGAAUUUGAAAUCUCAUCGCCUCUUGAAACCCUAUCUCAACGGAGCCUACAGCAGAAGGCGAGACCAGCGUCACGACCUGAACGGAAGGGGAUAGAUGCUUCAGCAGAAACGGGCGCCGAAAACAUUGGCAGUAAAGCAGCUCGCAGGCAAGUUGCAGGUUCCAACUCUGUCCACCAACCUUCUGAACACGAUUCACAAUCGAGAAUGCUUGAACCGGAUACGAAAGGUGCCAUAAGGCAGUCCGGGAAGCCAUCGCGACGAAAGAAGGGCUCAUCAAGCAAUAAGGAGGUAACAUCUCAGCGGGCACCAAGUUCCAAAUUGCCUGAGCACGGGCAAGCACCCUCAGAUCAAUCUCCGCUAAACUUAGAUACGACUGAAGCUAAUGAGCAAGCCAAUGUCAAGAAAACACGUAGCAUGCCCUCUGUAGCGCCUAUUCCCAGCGACAAACCACUCGUGGUGACUCAGAAGUUGAAGUCCAAGACACGGAAUCUGCACAACAAAGUUCCUCACAAGUUCACACAAACUCCAGCUAUAAUGGGCUUCCAGGACGGCAAUAUAUCUCAGGUUUCUCCUCCCGCAGCUCCAACGAAGCCAGCACUCAAAAAGAGGUCGUUAAAACAAUCAAUCACGGGUUGCAAACUUUCUCAGGCUCCAGUUCUAUCAGGAGCUCUUCCCAAUGAGUUCGAUCUCCCGUCUGUCGAUCAGGAGUCAGAACACUCCAAGAAAAGAGUCAAAAUCAAGAGCUCAAAACAACCUACUAGUUUCUCAGAGGCUGCAGGUACCGCAGGAAAAAGGACUGGAACUCCCAAGGUUUCUAACUCUCGGAACUUGGCGGAGGGGGUCAAAGGGCGGAAGAAGGUAGGAAAAUCAACCAACAAGAAGGAGCCUAAGACCGCAGCUUCCAAGCGGACCAGGCGCGCGAUCAAAAGUCAAGCAUAUGUCGAAUCUAGUGACAGCCAGAGUGAAGAUGCUCAGGCGGAUCAUGGUGACGCUCGGACAGAGAAGAAAAAUGAGCGCAAAGAGGACAGUGCAGAAUAUGCUGAAGACUCAUACCCGAUAAGCAAAGAGCAGGCAGAGGUCGCUCUGCAAGACUCUGUGCUCAAUCUUGACUCAAAGCUGCAGAAGAUGGUUUCUUCCUCAGGCCGAAAAGAUCCCAUCAGUCUCACAAGACAGAUUGUUGGAGCGAACGAGCCUGGCCCCGGCCAGAAGGCAACUCCUGUGCGAAUAAUACAACCUAUCAGCGAGAGCUCUAUUCCUCCAGUAAGCGAGAGCAAAGUGCGAAGAACUUCCAUCAUUAAAUUCGGGCCCGAUGGACCAAGAAAUCAAACCACCCCCAUCACACCUGCAGCGAGAGUAACAACUCAACCUACCCAAGGCCUUCUGGAACAAGGUCAAGUCACGCCCAUUGAGUUCCAAAAGCGUGUAUCUACCGAAAAAGGUAACAGAGAUGAGAACCCAAAAGGUGAAGGGAGCAGAAGGAGAACGAGUCCAGCUCCCGCGAACCGGACUACAGAUCUUGGAAACACCACGUCGGACAAUGAACAGCGGCUCGCCAGCCCCGCUGCGAUGGACAUGUGUGUAGAUCUUGUCACGCACAGCCCUGAGCGAAGUACUGUCAUGGAUGAUGACAAGGGGGCUCACAUAUCUCCUAAGAAGGACACUGGUAAAUUUUGUUUUGUUGACGCAGAUGUUCUCGACGUCCAGGACGUCCAGGACCACGUUAUUGCUGACAAUACUGUCGCGGAAAGUGGCCACAACGCGAACAAAACCCGGAAUGACGCUCUUGGUAUUUCUCGACAUAUUGAAGAGCGGUGUAUACGAAAAGUUGUUACUCGAGGGCUACGCCAGGAUCGUGUUGAAGCUGAUCGUGGUAUUACUACCUAUGAAGCAUCGUCUGAAUGCAGCUCGGUCGCUACAAGUCCUCAGAACCUUUCCAAGAUCAAACCCACCAACUCGAAGAACGACAGAAAGCAGACCAAAAUGACGACACACCCUGGUCAAUCUUCACAUGCAGCUACGCCUAAAAUGAGCACCAUCCUUAACACAUCUGCAGUCGACAACGAGAUAGAUGAGGAAGCACACGAUCUCGAAUCCUACGCGGAGGAAGACAUCUCACCUUUAGUGUCAUCCAACGAUGAUACCAGCAGGCAUGAUCCUGCCGAGUAUAUCGCCUCAGACUCUUCUGAUGGCGUCAUGGAACUUUCCACUACCAUGCAUGACGCCGGAUGCCAGACUCUGCAAAGCUCUCUAGAAGCUGCAUCACAUCCACCAACUCCACUUCCAGAGGAUAGUAUCUAUGCAAAGGUUCACACCAAACCGCAAGACCCAGUUUUUUCUCCGUUGCAUGAUCGACGGCGCAUUGGAGUCGCCUCCAUCGUUGACAAAAAUAAUUCGCUGAAUGGGAAAACCAUGAACAUGGAUGAUAGGAGCUCGAAUUUACGUCCAGGAGGUGAGGCUGAGAGCAUCCGUGAUGACACAGUGCUCCCGACACAGGAGGCGCUCGACAGGACUGAGGCAUCUGUUCAACCUAAUUACUGGAACGGCAGAGCUGUACCUUCGACCAGCAACGUCGGAAGAGGUGCACGAACAUCUCUGGGCGACCCAAUGAGAAGAGUAAAUGGUUCGAGGAAGGCUCUCCCAAGCAUGGCACCUCCACCUCCACCUACUCGUACCAAGCCUGAGGUUGAAGUCAUGCCACAUCGCGCACCUGCCUCAGAUCCCGCAGUUGCACCUGCCCCGCCGCAGGCUCCAUUCUCAAAAAGCGGCCAACUUCACCCUCUUCGUGCAAGCAUGUCCACAGUAAGUGUAGCGAAAGAUACUACAGAAUCCAGGGCAAAUGUACCCGUCCGCAUCAAGAGGAUCAUAACAUCAACGAACGAAAGCAAAGCAGCUACCAUAGCUGACUUGAAUACGCUUCCUGGUACACCCAUAUCUUUUUGCACCCGCCUCGACAUGGAUGCACCGACGUUUGACAUUUGUCUUAAUGGGCCAGAUUUGACAACGGAAGGUCGACCUUCAGCGGACCAAUCAGGUGAUGGGAACACCACACUGGUCAACGAGGAUCAUUCUUUCUUGUAUCGCUCUCCAAGGCCAUGUCGUUCACGGAUCCUCGCGAGAUCGGUGUCAACAGAAGCCAUGUCUCCUUCUGACAAGAAUCGAAUUAGCCCUAUGCACAGACGACAUGGGCCUGGGGCUGUGGAAGUGAGGAGCAGUCAACGUGGGUUGUUGGACAGCAUCAUGAAGAUCACUUCUGAUGUGCUGUGUCGUUUAGGCCAAGAGGAAGACGCCGUCAAGUCCAAAACCCACGAGUUUUUCCGGGGAGGCGACACGGUCAUUCAGACACUGACUGACAGCUGGAAUGAGCGCUUGGGUCACGAACACCGGAACCUUUUGACGAAGUUGGAGGAAGAGAAGGAUGUUUUGAGAAAGGCUUCGAAGCUGAUGAAAGAACAAGACGUGAACUCAUGGAAAGAAACAAUCUGCAACCCCAUCCGGAAGGAAGAGAGGGGCAAGGGAAAUGACAGCUUGACGGCAAGAAUCGAAGCAUUGAGGAACGGGCAUUGACGCAGGGUACAAAUGGAACGGAAUUAGAAUCACAACCAGAUUGAGGCUUUAGAUUGUGGUUUGAAGGAUGGGCGCAUGGAGUAUGG